CGCCCGUGCGGUGGGUCGGGGGCGCGCGGCGAGGGCGGCCCGGCACGUCCCCGCGCUCCGCCGGCUUGCGGCGCGUCCUUGUGCCGGCGUCAGCCGGUUUCCCCGGAGUCUGCACGCCGGUCCCGUCCCGGGGUGUGGACCGGCUCGGAGCCCGCCGUGCAGCCGGGCUUCGGACGGGCCUCGCGGAAGCCAUGAGCCGCCGGCUCGGCAGGGUGGCGGCGCUGCUGCUCGGGCUGCUGGUGGAGUGCACAGAAGCGAAAAAACAUUGCUGGUAUUUUGAAGGACUCUAUCCCACAUACUAUAUAUGCCGUUCCUAUGAAGACUGCUGUGGCUCCAGGUGCUGUGUGCGGGCCCUCUCCAUACAGAGGCUGUGGUAUUUUUGGUUCCUGUUGAUGAUGGGUGUGCUCUUUUGCUGCGGAGCUGGUUUCUUCAUCCGCCGGCGCAUGUAUCCACCACCACUCAUUGAGGAGCCCACGUUCAAUGUGUCCUACACCAGGCAGCCACCAAACCCCGCUCCAGGGGUCCAGCAGAUGGGGCCGCCAUAUUACACGGACCCUGGAGGACCGGGGAUGAAUCCUGUUGGCAACACCAUGGCAAUGGCUUUCCAGGUCCAACCCAGUUCACCCCACGGAGGCACAACCUACCCACCCCCUCCUUCCUACUGCAACACGCCCCCGCCUCCCUAUGAACAGGUGGUGAAGGACAAGUAGCAAAAUGCUACACAGAAGGCAAAGAGGCUGGACAGGCCCUUCUGUGUGUCCUCCCCAUCCUCACUGAUACUUGCUAAUAGGGUGGUCCAAGGGCAAACUGCUCUUUGAUGUCUUCGAAGCAAGCCCAGCUCUCUUUCAAGUUUA